ACGGCAGCAUCAUGAUCCCCCCGCAGCCCAUCGCGCCUCGAGCUGUUCCAUUGACAAACGUUGCGGCUGCUGCAUUCCUGCCGCGCACAGCGUCGAGGAGCGGAGCGUCUCCGCGGAGAGGAGCAGGAGGACAGGAGCAGAGCAGGCAGCAGCUGCAGUGAUCCUCUACAACAACAGCCGGGGCGCCGUUCACACCAGUUUAAGAAGCUGUUGAUUCGCUACUUGGACGCGGAGUGGGUUUUUACGCAGCCUCCGCUCUCCUUCCACGCUCUCGCGGGACACUCGGGGAAAGAAGAGAAAUCACCUGAGGUGGUUGUCGGACAGUUUUGACACUCAAGACCCCCCACUCACCCCCCUCCCUGGGGGAUGGGAGGUGGUUUCGUUCAGGCUGAGGCGCAGGAACCUUUCUGCACCUGCUUCCAUGAGGCGCCCGGACGCACCGAUGGAGGAUUCUGGAUGUUUAUCCAAGAAGAAAAAAAAAGCCCCACGGAAAUCUGCAAGCCUUCAUCGGCCCGAUGUGUGAUGCGAACUGAGUGGGUGGCAUAGAACCCCUCACUUUUCCCCUCUUCACACACACACAGACACACACACACCCCUACCGGCUCGUCCGCGGACGCGCCGUCCAGCCGGGACGCACAGACUGGUUCCACGCCGCCGGGGUGAGCAGCAUGUCCCGUGCAGCAGCGAUCGCCAGCUCCCUGAUUCGCCAGAAGCGGCAGGCGAGGGAGCGAGAGAAGGCGAACGCCUGCCGCGGCAGCAGCAGUCCGAGCAACAGCAAGGGCGCCAACGAGAAACCGAGCAAGCUGAAUGUUUUCUCUCGAGUCAAAUUGUUUGGAUCGAGAAAAAAGAGGAAGAGAAGGCGACCACCAGAGCCCCAGCUAAAGGGCAUAGUGACCAGGCUCUCCAGUCGUCAGGGCUUCCAGCUACAGAUGCAGUCUGAUGGAACCGUCGAUGGAACCAAGGAUGAGGACAGCACCUAUGCCGUGUUCAACCUUAUCCCCGUGGGGCUUCGUGUCGUGGCAAUCCAGGGCGUCCAGACCAAACUCUACCUGGCCAUGAACAACGAAGGCUUCGUCUACACCUCGGAACAUUUUACCCCGGAGUGUAAGUUCAAGGAGUCGGUGUUUGAGAACUACUACGUCACCUACUCGUCCAUGCUGUACCGACAGCAACAGUCAGGCCGGGCGUGGUACCUGGGACUCAACAAGGAGGGAGCGAUCAUGAAGGGAAACCAUGUGAAGAAGAACAAGGCGGCCGCACACUUCAUACCCAAACCACUCAAAGUGGCCAUGUACAGGGAGCCCUCCCUCCACGACCUGACAGAACUCUCGCGUUCCGGCAGCGGCACGCCGACCAAGAGCCGCAGUGCUUCAGCCCUUCUCAACGGCGGAGGCAAGACGCGCAGCAACGACGACCUAUCCUAGCCUCUCGACAUUCUCACUGAUGCUUUUCAAACACGAGUACUCAUCCCAACAGGAACAAACACUCACCCACAAACAAACACAGAUCUCAGGCCAACAUUCCCAUCACUUGUGAAAGGUAGGAGGAGUCGAGGUCACAAAGCAGGAAGAACCAGAUCUUCCUCUUCUCAGAGCCCACUGUGACUGACUGUGAUGUACAUAAAUCAAGGACAAUCAAACCUUUUUGGCUCUACUUGCCCUGGCAAUGGAGGGAGGGGGGCUUUGCAGGCUGCUUCCCUCCAAUCCUUAACAAGAUAUUACAGAAAGGGGAGAAAGACAAAGAAAGGACAGACAAGUUCAGUCAGUCACACACUAGGUUCAACAGACUGUUACAGAGAACCAAAGAGUUAAAGUAUUACAUAACUGGGUUUAAAAGAGGACAGAGAGUUACAUGGAGUUGAAAAAGUGGGGAGGACAGUCAAUAUACAGGUGCAUGUCAAUAAAUUACAGGUUAAAAGGUUUGUUUAUUUUCUUCAAUAAUUCAGGUCCAAGAGUUAUAACACAAAAUAUAAAUUUACUGGUUGUUUUAGGUUAAUUUCUCAGUCCAUUGCAUAUCAUAAAGUUCAAUUUAAAGAAUAAAUGUUAAGUCAUUUUUGUGGACCUUUUCUACUUACUUUUUCCUUCUCUUUAUUUUCCUGCUAUAUGAUUGGAUAAAGCACUCUUUGCACAGCCG